UGCAACCCCUAGACGAAGUUCCUAAUCUUCCUAUAAAAAACAAUGCUACAGCCUAAGUCAUUUUUAAAAUAAUAGUCGUUUCCAUUUCCAUAGAACAUAGUAGAGAGAGAGUAAAGGCACAGAUCAUUGACGCAGAACUUGUAAUAUGACGCAGAACUUGUAAUAUGGCACAAGAAUCAGCCUCUCCCAAGUUUACGUGUGUGGAUGAUGUUUACUCCUCAGCAGUUUUUGAUGAGGAAGAAGCUUGGAUUUUUUUCGAUGUAAUGGAUGAAAAGUGUGCAGAAGAGUUGCAGCUCCAAGAGGCUCUUAUGGGCUGUGUGAUCGAUUCCCGAUUGGUCAACAAGAAAGCCUCAUCCUCAUUGCAAUUACCAUCAUCACCAAAAAUACAAGCAAUUCUUCCAACCCCAGAAGCAGAGCCUACAAAAGAAGCUGGAGAAUCAUCGCAUGGCUUCUGUGAGAUUUGUGUGGAAAGGAAAGAUAGAGACGAAAUGUUCAAAAUUGAGAGCUGUGUUCACUCAUUUUGCUCUGAUUGCAUUGGCAAACAUGUUACCACAAAGAUCCAAGAGAGCAUAACCGUUGUUACUUGCCCUGGAUUGGACUGCAAGGGUACCAUAGAACUCGAUGCUUGCAGGGCAGUGCUUCCCAAAGACGUGUUGGACAGGUGGGGCGAGGCGCUAUGUGAAGAGCUGUUUGGUUCCCAGAGGUUUUAUUGUCCUUACAAGGAUUGUUCAGCAAUGUUGCUGAAUGAUAAUGAAGAAGGAGAAGUUUUUAGGGAGUCAGAGUGUCCAUUCUGCCAUAGAUUGUUCUGUGCACAGUGUUCUGUGCCGUGGCAUUCAGGGGUGGAUUGUGAAGCGUUUCAGAGACCGAAUGAGGAUGAGAAAGAGAGGGAUGAUCUUAUUUUCAGGGAGCUUGCUAAGGAGAAGAAAUGGAGGAGUUGUCCCCAUUGCAAAUAUUAUGUGGAGAGGACUGAAGGUUGUUUACAUAUGACUUGCAGGUGUGCGUUCCAGUUUUGCUAUGGAUGUGGAGCUCAGUGGACUAACGAUCAUGGUGGUUGCCAGAGAUAUUAAAUAAAAAUCAUUAUGAAGAUGUUAUAUAUCAUAAACAUUGUACUGUUAGUAUGGAUAUAUUACCACAUCCUUUGCUCUUAAUAUUGAUAAAAAUGUUAGCAUUAUAGGACUAGGUCUCAAGAAUUUUAUAUUUUGCAUGGCAUUAUGUAUGGUUUG